UGGCAAAAAUCGUCAAAAGCCGUCUCCAGUAACUCGGCAUUCGACACGGACUCACGGAGUUGGAUUUAUUGCGACCAGAAUCGACAGUCGACAACCUUAUAGCGCCCCAAGAAAAAGCAAAACAAAGCGUUCUCUCUUCAUUUUAUAUUAUUGCGUUCAUCCAUUUUUAGCAGGGAAGUACAUAGAAAGACGUAAAAAGUGCCGAGCUGCCGCGAUCAUCAAGCAAAAUGCUGCAGUUUGUAGAAAACAAUUGAGCAUAUCAACAGACGAGCGCUCUAUAGCUAGGAUUUCAGAUUGACAAUGGAGGAAAGUGAGAAGCCGAAUUUGCCACCGCCGGCCAAGCGGCGCCGGGUGGAAAGAAAUAAUUCAUCAGCAGUUUGGAAAACUCAGGCAGCAGCUCUGGCUGCUCACAAUCUGAAAACAUCAACACCCUGGAGUGGAGCAUCCGCAUCCAGUCGCCCUCACCAGUCUGCUCGCAGUUCUGGAGGAUUAGUUAGUGGAUCAAUGUCAAGAAACAGAUCUGAUGUUGGGAGACACAAUGUUCAGGAGGCAAGGCAGAAGGAAAAAAACUUUGCUGAAACUCUGCAGGAACUAGUGGAUCUACAGAGCUUUCAGGUUGUAAAACAGCUUGCUGAGAGAAGUGACCAGUGGGAUGCCUUUGUCAAGAGUGAGAUGAAUCUUUCUGACUUUCAACUUGUUCUUCGCAUCAUUCGAAAGGUCUGCGAAUCAGAUUUUGACCAACACAAGGCCAUGCUGGUCAACCAAACAUGCCACCCUGACUUCAUGAAUUGCUUUCCAACAAUGCUGCUGAACGGUUCGAUGAAAGACCACGCAACCUUUACUCAAGUGGCAGAAAACAUUGCGCUGUUCUUCACAACCUUGGUGGAGAUGUUGCCAAUCACAGCAGCAGGGCUGAAGAAAACCGUCGAAUGCUGCUUUGUCAGUCUGAAUGGCAUCAGCAGUAGUCAAGACUGUGUCCAGGUUGCACCCGAGUUGCUGCAAAAAUACCAGGGUUUGGUCGGUCACGUAGAAGCUCUGCAGGUGAACGCCCCAAAGAAGCCAACUUGGCACGACCGGCGAAUGGAACAAGUGGAGAAAAUGAAGUACGAGCAGCCGCCGAACGACUUCAGGGAAAUCAGCAUUUAUCCCACCUUUGAAGAUGUCAUCAACCCUCAGCGGCCCUUCCUGAGGCCGAACGUGAUCAACGGUCCGUACUUUGAUGUUGAACACUACCUGGACACACAGUACCGUCUGCUGCGAGAAGAUUUUGUCCGGCCUCUUCGAGAGGGAGUGCAGGACAUUCUCAAAGGCACCGACAGCAAGAAGUGCGAGUCACUGUCGGUCAGAGUAUACAAGGAUGUGCAGUUCAUCAAAUAUGUGAAGGAAAUUGAUGGCACAAGAGUGCUGAAUGAAGGCACUUUGCUGUGUUUUGAUACAUCAACAAAUAGCAGACGUUUCGAGAGGACCAACUGGGAGCAAACCAAGAAGUUCAUGCACGGCGCCCUGCUCUGUUUCACUCGAAACUGCUUCCAGACACUUCUCUUUGCCACAGUCAGCAGCCGAGAUGUGAAGUUUCUUAGGCAGAAGCAAAUCUUGGUGACCUUUUGCGAGAAGUACGAUGAAAACAUUUACGAUAAGAAUGCCAAAUACACCAUGAUUGAGAGUGAAGUUUUCUUUGAGCCUUAUUACCAGGUUCUUGGAACUCUGAAGAAUCUGAAUGAUCUGAACUUUCCAUUCCCAAAAUACUUCAUUGAUGUGCAAAAAGAUGAUGCACCUCCAGCAUAUUUGCUUGAUGGUGAAAAACCUGUGGAGAUUGAAGUUAAAGGCAUGAAAGGUUCAUGCAAGCUAACCAUCUUGAAGGAAGCAACUUGGCCAAGUUCCGACCAACUGGGUUUGGAUAACUCCCAGUACAAUGCUUUGAAAGCCGCUUUGACAAAAGAGUUUGCAGUAAUCCAAGGACCGCCUGGCACUGGCAAGACUUUUAUGGCUCUGAAAAUUGCGGAAAUCCUGAUCCAGAACAGAAAGGUCAUGAAUAGAAAAACUCCCAUUCUAGUCGUUUGUCUCACAAAUCACGCGCUUGACCAGUUUUUGGUUGGAAUGCUGAAGUUUACCAAGCGUUUGGUGCGCAUUGGUGGUCAAUCAAAAUGUGAAGAGUUGGAUGCAUACAAUAUGAAGAAAAUGCGCCUCCCACGUUCGCAAAAGCAAUAUGACAUUCGAGAUGCUCUCUCUAAGGCUUACUUAAAGCUGGCUGAACUUGACAAGGAAAUUGCUGACUUGAAUGUGGCCAUUGAAUUGAGGAAAGGAUUUGUCAUUCCUACAAAUAAUACCCGAGCGAUUCCCAGUGUACUGAAUUCUAGUACUGCAAGAGAUCUCAUGUUGGACGAGUUCUCUGAAAGCUUAAAAUAUGUUUCAUUCAAGGACAUACGAGAAAGAGUUUGGCACUGGAUUGAUGGAAACUUGAGAGAUAUUGAAAAACAUGAAGCAUACAAGGAUCUUUCUUGGGAGGAAAAACAGUUCCACGUUCAGUUUAUCAGAGAAAAAGGCCGGUACUUUACCGAUGAGAUUGAGAAUUUGGAGUUCAGUGCUGCUGAAGUAGAGGUUGUUGGUUUGCAUCGAGGAAAGGAACUUGCAGAAGAUUGGAGGAAAUGGAACAACAUGAACAUGGUUGACCUAUUAGAGCUUCAUUACUUUGAGCUGCAAAAUGAGUUGUUGAAACACAAGAGGAAAAGAGGAAUGCUUGUUGAUGAGAUCACUGAGAAGAGCAAAAUGCUGGAAGAGUUGAGGAGCAUGGAAAAUGUUAAUGAAUUGAGAACUAAGGAUGUUAUUGGUCUUACAACCAAUGGUGCUGCAAGGCUUCAUUCCAUGCUAAAUUCUUUGGGUUGUGAAAUUGCUAUCAUUGAAGAAGCAGCUGAAGUAAUGGAACCACACAUUGUGUCCUGUCUCUCUAAAAGAUGCAAACAUCUAAUUUUGAUUGGUGACCACAAGCAGCUGCGUCCUAAGAUUUCUGAGUACGAGCUGGGAAAGUUCUACAAUUUUGACGUGUCUCUCUUCGAAAGAAUGGUCAUCAACAGAGAAGGGUGCAUCACCUUGCAAGUUCAACACAGAAUGGCACCCGAGAUGGCCAAACUCAUUGUGCCAACAAUCUACAAAACCCUUGAGAACCACCAAAGUGUCUUUGACAGGCCCAAAUUGAAAAGCUUGACACAAAGGCUUUCAUUUGUCACCCAUUCUGAACCUGAACAUCAAGACAGGGAAAACUUUAGUAGAACAAAUCCACAUGAAGCUUCCUAUCUAAUUUCUCUUUGCCAACAUUUGCUGAAACAAGGAUACACAGCAAAUCAAAUCACCAUCUUGGCUACAUACAAGGGACAAAUGUUUCUGAUCAAACAGAUGAUCAAAUCAAUUAAAACUGAUUCCUCUAAAGAGAAAGGAUUGAUUGAUGUGAGAGUGUCUGUGGUGGAUGACUUUCAAGGCGAAGAAAAUGACAUCAUCCUCCUCUCCCUUGUCAGGAGCAAUGCAGAGGGAAGAAUUGGAUUUUUAGCAACUGAGAACAGAGUCUGCGUAGCUUUGUCGAGGGCCAAACAAGGCUUUGUCAUGAUUGGAAACAUGGAAAUUCUCUCAGAAAAAAGUCAAAUCUGGACAGCUGUACGCAGAUCCAUUGAGGAACAGUGUGCUUUACAUUCCUUUCUGAACAUCAGGUGUGAGGUUCAUCCAGAUAAAAAAUUCAAAGUGUCAAGCGCAAUAGACUUCCAAACACUUUCUCCUUAUGGCGGCUGCAACCAGAUUUGCGAGGGCCAGCUUAACUGUGGUCAUCCUUGCAAGACUGUUUGUCACUUGAUGCAAAUCAAGCAUGAAGAAAUCAAGUGCGAUGAACCCUGUGAGAGGAAAUGUGACGCUGGGCUUCACUCAUGCAAGCAAAAGUGCUUCGUUAAGUGUGGAUCAAGUUGCAUGGAAAUGGUUCAAAAGAACCUUCCGUGCGGUCACCAGGCAAUGUUGAGAUGUCAUGCGGAUGAAGAACAUUUCUCCUGCACAGAAAUCGUGACAAAGAAAUUCCCUGAGUGCAACCACGAGGCAGAGGUUGCAUGUUCUUGCAAGAGGUGUCCUCAACCCUGCGACAUGCAGGCACCUUGCGGUCACAGCUGCACCAGGAAGUGCCACACGGACUCUGAUCCCGACCACCUUCAAUACAAUUGUACCAAGCCAUGCAUAAAGAUGAACAAGGACUGCAGAUCAAAUCAUCCGUGCAAUAAGAAAUGCUGGGAGGAAUGCAGUGUUUGCGAAAUCCAGGUGUUAGCAAAGAGGAGCUGUGGCCAUCAGUUUAACUUAAAAUGUCACAUUGACCCCGAGAGAAUUAAGUGUCGCGAAUGGUGUGCAAAAAUGCUCGACUGUGGACACCAUUGCUUAAAAAAGUGCAACAUUGAAUGCUCGCCCUGCACUCAGCUAGUGGGAAAGGUCAUUUCAGAGUGUGGCCACUCUGCAAAGGUGCCUUGCGGUCGAGAAGCAACCAAAGAAGAUUGCGCAGAGCAGUGCAAGAAGCUUCUUUCUUGCGGACACGCUUGCAAAGCCAAGUGCUCCGAAGAAUGCACCCCCAAUUGCCGGGAGGUUGUGGAACCGAGUGUUGGAGGGUGUGGACAUAAAAUCAAAACGCUCUGUCUGGAGAAGACUAAAGGUUUGAAGGCUGAUGUGAUGAGAUGCACAGCUAAAUGCAAUACUGUGCUAGAAUGCGGACACACAUGCGGAGGAACGUGCAGGACUUGUCUCCAAGGCAGAUUCCACGUGCCUUGCAAGCAGAAGUGCUCCAAAGAGUUCAUUUGUGGUCAUAAGUGUCCUUCCAAGUGCAGUGAGCCAUGUCCACCAUGCCAAAUGAAGAACCACAUUGUCUGUGACCACAAUGAAUCUCAUGAGAUUACUUGUGGAAAGCUAAGAAAUAAAUUCUGCAAGCAAAUAUGUUCUGCUAAAUGCGACCAUGGAAAUAAAUGUACCAGGAAGUGUGGAUUGGAUUGCAAUUACAGCAGGUGUGAGAAAAAGUGCACCAAAACACUGCCAUGCAAGCACCCUUGCUGCGGAUUCUGUGGAAGCCCUUGCCCUGGCCUGUGUUGGGAGUGCGACAAGGAAGAAUUGCUUCAGCAUGCAUUCCCGUUGGGAGCCGAGAUUCCUGAGAAUGCAAAAUUUGUUUUACUCCCCGAUUGCCAUCAUACUAUUGAGGCAGGAGCCCUGGAAGCGUGGUUAAAGUGGCAGUCGUCACAGCUUGAAAUAAAAAGUUGCCCCUUGUGCAAGGAAAAGAUUUCGGCACGACUUGUGCAGUACAAGAAGGAAAUUUGGGAACCAUUUGUGGACUUUAUCAGAAUUUGUGAUGAAUCGAACAAAGAAGACCACAUUGACGCCAAGGAAUUGAUGGAACGAUCCUACCGACUGGGGGACCAAUGUGUUGAAAUUGCAGCUGGCCCAUUGUUUGAUUUUGGGAGGCAAAUGCACUUGGAAUUACUUAGAGGCCUAGAAGGAGGAAGUAGAAACAACAAAAGUGGAAGUCGUCAAACUGGACCAAGUUACAUGUUUGUCAGCCAUCAAUUGCCUGUGAUUAAGAAAAAGGUGGAUAUUUUUGAAGCCAUGCUAGAAAUUUUCAAAUCAGCGUCCCGCAAAAGUUUUGCUGCUGUAAAGUCUGAAGUUGAUUUCAUCAUUAAAAUGCUUGGGGGAUAUUCAAAAUUAUGUAACCAGAAUAUCAGGGACUUUGCAGCCCUUCUGCUUGACUUGAAAAGGAAGGUUGAGUCUUCAAAAGAGGUCAAUCUCCCUGAGGAUAUUAUGGCAAGGCAAAGGUUGCUUUGGCAGAAAUGUGGAAAGUGUGGAAACUUGGAAUUUGGCCCACAGAAUACAACCAAAAUAUGUAGCGAGUGUGAUGCAACCCUAACAAUUGUUCCACCCUUGUUCCCUGAUCUGGACCCUUCCAAGCAGUACAACUCAAAGGGCAGGGUCAAGACCUCACGACCAAUCAAGUAUAAUUGAAACUGACCUGUAUGAUCAAAUAAGCUUUUUACAUUCUGUCAUAAUUUUUACGAUUGAUGAAUAAAUAAAUUU